UAAUUUUUUUGCAUUUAUAUAUCAAAAGUGAUCGCUAAUGACUUCCGUUGUGUGGUGAAUUUUGCGCAAACUGUACUUUGUGAGUUGAAAAGUAAUACAUUUAGAUAUAUAAAGCGUUUUGGAACUAAAAGAUUAUGAACGAAAAGUUGAUUUUUGCUUUGCUGUUGUUGUUGCUGCAGCAAUGUAGCCAACAAAUAGCCGCGGAUGCUGAUGUACAAAGUCCAAUCAGCGCCGAGAACGAAAAUUUAGCUGAAGAUAAUGAACGUGAGGAACGCGACUUGUUUUCAUAUUUUAAGAAAGCACCAGCGGCUCAGCCGGUGGCCCCGAUUAGUCUGAACUUAGGCGUCGGUUCUGUUUAUGGCGGUGGCGGCGCUUAUGGCGUCAAGACGAGUUACGCUGGUUAUGGCCACAAUCAUGGUAGAGGCAGCGGCGGUUAUGGUGGUGGUGCAGGUGGCUAUGGUGCUGGAUAUAGUGCUUACGGCAGUAGUGGAAAGCACUAUAAGGGCGGCUAUGGAUCUGGCAGUUUCGGCGCACAGUCCAGCUAUGAUUUCUUAACACACGAAAACCCUCAAAUACCCCCCUACGGCGAUUGCCCGGCAUAUCAAUUGCCAUCGAAAAUGUCACUAAAGUGCCGUGGCAGUCAGUGUGAGGUCAGUUGUACGGCUGAAUAUCGGUUCCCUGAUGGCGCGAACUCGCUGAAAUUGGCCUGCAUAAAUGGUGAUUGGAUAAUACGUGACUCAGCGCUUACCAGUGUGCCUCCCUGUCAAGCUACUUGCUCACCACCUUGUGAGAACAACGGUAUCUGUGUUGAAGCUGGCGUUUGCAAGUGCGCUGAGAAUUUCUAUGGUCCAUGGUGUCAGAAUAAGAAAACCUUCUGCAGCGGCAAGCCGCCGAUACCGAAAAAUUCGCGUGUACAAUGUAGAAACAACGUCUGCAAUGCUGAGUGCAUGAGUGGUUUUCAAUAUCCCGAUGGCAGUUCCAUAACGAAUCUCGAAUGCGUGGAUGGUGUUUGGUUUCAUAAGCAGACAAACUCAGUGAAGCCGCCGGAUUGUGCGCCGAUUUGUGAGCCAGCCUGUCAGAAUGGUGGUAAAUGCAUCUCAUUUAAUAUGUGUCAAUGCACUCAGCAAUAUCGCGGCGACUCCUGUCAAUACAGCGUGCAGGCUUGUAACGUAACCAACACUGGCUUCAAUGGCAAUUAUAAAUGUAAAUACGAUGGCUUGGAGGCUAAGUGCAAAUUUUCAUGCGCGUCAUCACCGGGUAUAACGGUGCAGGGCAACCUCAAUAUUGAGUAUACAUGCAAAUAUAGUGUCGGUGAUUUCUAUCCGAAACCAUUGCCCAAGUGUGUCUAUGCUCCUGGUUACACAGUCCGUAAGACCUCUACAAGCUAUAAAACUUCUGGUAGCGGUGCUAGCGGCGGUAAGCUAAUUUAUGGCCAUGGCGAGCAAUGGGCUACCGAGCGUGAGCGUAUACAAGCCAUAAUUGAUAAAUUUUCGAAUGUUCACAGUGAGUGGUGGUCCUCUGAGGAGACACAAGUUUCGUCGACACGCUACACACUCUACACCGAAGGCGAUGUCGAUGUGAUGAUCGAUCGUACGCCCAAGCCGGCAUUGUGCACCACUUGGGGUGGCAUUAAUAUGAAGACCUUUGAUGGUUUGGUUUUCAAAGCUCCUCUUUCAUGUUCACACACGCUAAUUAACGAUAAGAUCGAUGCCACAUUUGAUAUUACACUUAACGCCUGUCCAUAUGGUUCUGGAUAUGGGUGUGCRCAUGCGCUGACCAUCUACUGGCAGUCCAUACCAUACACUCUAGAUAAUAUUAAUGGYACUGUACAUCUAUCCACGCCGACGAAGAAAUUUCCCAUACCCGUACAGGUGAUGGGCAUGAAAAUAAUACCGGUGGCAGAGCAUUUACAGAUACAACUGGAGUCCGUUGGGCUACAAAUCGACUGGGAUCGUCAUCAGUAUCUCGGCAUACAUGCGGGCCCGUUGUUGUGGUCCAAAGUUGGCGGUUUAUGCGGCACAUUAGAUGGUGACUACAAGAACGACUUGAUGUCGAAAGGUGGUGUGGUCGUGGAGACGGUUAAGUCCUUCACCGACUCAUGGCGUGUUGAAGAUAGUUCGGACCUGUGUAUAAUGGAGAAUAGUCGUGAAUUGGAAUUCGGUUCGGAGACUUGUGAAGCGACGAAACGCGUGAAGGCAGUUAACGUCUGCAAGCGUCUUUUGUCGAAUGACAAAUUAGAGGACUGCAUAAAAGGCAUAAACUUUGAGGCUUUGUUGCGCGCAUGCGUUGAUGAUUAUUGCAAUUGUCCGAAUCGUGAACAUCCGGAGACUUGUAACUGCGAUGCCGUUUCCAUGUUGGCUAAGGAGUGCAUMUUUAAGGGUAUAAAGCUAGAGCAUGGUUGGCGUAAUUUGGAGAUUUGUCCUGUGAGCUGUAGCUAUGGACGUGUCUAUCUGCCUUGCGGCCCUGACGUAGAGCCYACUUGUGACAUGGCGGUGACACCGAACCCCGGMAAAUGCAAUGAAGGUUGCUUCUGCCCCGCCGRUACRGUGCAGUACCAAGAUGCGUGCAUCACACAGGAGCUGUGUCCAUGCACCAUGCGCGGUAAGGAGUUCAAACCGGAGGCCGUCAUAAAGAAGAAAUGUAACACAUGCACCUGCAAGAGCGGCAAGUGGAAAUGUACGGACGAGCAAUGUGGYGCACGCUGUGGUGCAAUAGGUGACCCGCAUUACCAAACUUUCGAUGGCAAACGUUUUGACUUCAUGGGUCAGUGCUCAUACUAUUUGUUGAAGAACGACAAAUUUUCGGUAGAGGCGGAGAACGUGGCUUGUUCUGGUGCCAUCUCUGAGAAUCUCAAUUUGGUAGCCGCUGCGGAUAAUCCAUCUUGCACCAAGUCGGUAACGCUACGUUUUACGCUUAAGAAUGGCGUACAGCAUACUGUGCGCUUGAACCAGGGCAUGGCUGUGCACGUAAACGAGAAGGAAAUUACGAAAUUCCCGAAAAUUCUCGGCGCCGGAGAGGUGCUCAUGCGAUUGGCCAGUUCGAGUUUUAUGACUGUUGAGUUUCCCGAUGGCAUACGUGUUUGGUGGGAUGGUAUCUCACGUGUCUACAUCGAUGCGCCACCCAGUUAUCGUAAUAAGACCGCCGGUCUUUGCGGUACAUUCAAUUCGAAUACACAAGAUGAUUUCUUAACGCCGGAAGGUGACAUUGAAACGGCUGUGGAGCCAUUUGCAGACAAGUGGCGUACCAAGGAUACUUGCGAUUUUCCGACUGAAACAGUACCUGGCCCACAUCCGUGCAGCGCUAAUCCGGAAAAGCGCACAAAUGCCGAAAAAUACUGCAACUGGAUUAUGGAUGAUAUAUUCCAAGACUGCCACUGGACCGUCGAACCAGAGCAAUAUUAUGAGGAUUGCUUGUACGACGUGUGUGCGUGUAAAGAUGAGCCGGACAAAUGUUUUUGUCCCAUUUUGGCUGCCUACGGCAACGAAUGUACACGUCAAGGUAUCAAGACUGGCUGGCGCAUGGCGGUGAAGGAGUGCGCGGUGAAAUGUCCGAUGGGUCAAGUGUAUGAUGAGUGCGGUGAUUCAUGUGCGCGCACCUGCGGUGAUUUGGCGAAUAAAAACUCUUGCAAGACCGAAUGUGUCGAAGGCUGUCGUUGUCCGCAUGGUGAAUACUUGAACGAAAAUAACGAAUGCGUACCGCAACACAAGUGCUCAUGCACUUACGAUGGCAUGACCUUUAAAUCGGGUUACAAGGAAGUGCGUCCAGGUGCAAAGUUCCCUGAUUUAUGCACUUGCACUAAUGGCCUUUGGGAGUGUGAGGACGCUGGCCCUGAAGAUGAGAAGAAAUAUCCACCUUCAUCACAACUGCGUGCCGAAUGCGUGAAUCGGCCAUUCGCUGAGUUCUCAAAGUGUGCGCCCGCUGAACCGAAGACCUGCAAGAAUAUGCAUGAGUAUGUGGAGAAUAUCGAGGAUUGUGUGCCAGGCUGUGUCUGCAUGCCGGGUUAUGUUUAUGAUACUUCCCGCAAAGAUUGUGUGCUACCGGAGCUUUGCUCUUGCCAUCAUGGYGGUAAGAGUUACGCGGAUGGUGACAAGUUCAAAGAGGAUUGCAAUCAAUGUAUUUGUAAGAGCGGAAACUGGACGUGCUCUGCGAAUGGUUGUGGUUCAACCUGCUCCGUCUGGGGUGACUCGCACUUCACCACGUAUGAUAAUCAUGACUUCGACUUCCAAGGUGCCUGCGAUUAUAUACUCUCCAAGGGUGUCGCGGAGAAUGGCGAUGGUUUCACGAUAACAAUUCAAAAUGUCUUAUGUGGGACCAUGGGCGUUACUUGCUCGAAAUCGGUGGAGAUCGCACUAUCGGGCAGCGUACAGGAUUYGAUAACACUAACCUCUGACGCGUCUUACAUAACUGAUCCAAACAAGUCGCAAAUUAAGAAAAUUCGCGAUGCAAGCAACACCAAGGGUCAUGGCGCCUUCCACAUCUACAAGGCCGGCGUAUUCAUUGUGGUCGAAGUAAUACCGCUCAAAUUGCAAGUGAAGUGGGAUGAAGGUACACGCGUCUACGUGAAAGUCGGCAACGAAUGGAAGAACAAAGUAAAAGGAUUGUGCGGCAAUUACAAUGACAAUGCCGUGGAUGAUAUGCAAACGCCAUCGCAAGGCAUCGAAACUAGUCCGCUCGUCUUCGGACACGCAUGGAAGGUGCAACAGUUCUGCGCCAAGCCAACGACACCCAUAGAUGCGUGCAAAGAGCAUCCGGAACGUGAGACGUGGGCGCAGCUCAAGUGUGGCGUGCUUAAAUCGGAAAUAUUUAAGGAUUGUCAUGCUGAAGUGUCUGUCGAGAAGUACCUGAAACGUUGCAUAUUCGAUACGUGCGCCUGCGAUCAGGGCGGCGAUUGCGAGUGUCUAUGCACAGCGGUGGCUGCCUAUGCACACGCCUGCUCCCAGCACGGCAUCAAUAUACGUUGGCGUACGCCGCACUUCUGUCCCAUGCAAUGUGAUCCCCACUGCGCCGAGUACAAAGCGUGUACACCUGCGUGUGCUGUCGAAACUUGCGACAACUUCCUCGACCAAGGUAUGACGGAGCGCAUGUGCAAUCAAGAGAACUGCAUUGAGGGUUGCUUCAUAAAGCCCUGCGGUGAAGGCAUGAUCUAUCUAAAUGACACCUAUAAAGAAUGUGUACCGAAGGCUGACUGCAAGCCGGUUUGUAUGAUACGCGAUGGCAAAACUUACUACGAAGGUGAUGUAACGUAUACCGACGAUUGCGCCACCUGCCGUUGCUCGAAGAAGAAAGAAGUUUGCAGUGGCGUUAAAUGCAAGGAACCGCUAACAACAACAGAGCGUCCAAGUAAUAGUUUACUUGAAAGCACGACACCACAUGCCUAUGGCACCGAUACGCAACCGAAAUGUGUACGUGGAUGGACACGUUGGUUCGAUAACGACGGCGAUGCGACGGGCAAGAUAGUGCGUUUGAAUGAUGAGGAGAAGUUGCCACGUUACGAUCGUAUGGAGAGCAUUUAUGGCACAUGUCAGAAGAAAUAUAUGAAGAAAAUUGAAUGUCGCGUGGUGGAUACACACGAAUCACCCGAUUAUAUGGAUGAGAAUGUGCGCUGCAGCUUAGCUGAAGGACUCGUUUGUAAGGGACAAUGUCACGAUUAUGAGUUGCGCGUAUUCUGUGAGUGCGACGAAGCAGUGGUCACGACAACGCCGGCUACUGAAAAGCCGCAAGUUGGUUUGCCAUGCGAUUCUGUGAUAGCCGAGUAUAAAGAAUAUCCUGGCGAUUGUCACAAAUUCUUGCACUGUCAGCCGACGACCAACGGCAAUGGUUGGAAUUAUGUGGAGAAGACCUGCGGUGAAUACAUGAUGUUCAAUCCAACACUGAACGUGUGUGAUCACAUAGCAACUGUACAAGAGAUCAAACCAAGCUGUGGCAAGGUGCCUACGGAGCCCAUUACACCGAACGAAUGCGCUGAAGAUCAAGUGAUAGUUGAGUGCGCAAAUCAAUGUGAAUUCGCCUGCGAUUAUUAUGGCUCAAUACUGCGCAAACGUGGUCUCUGCCAGAACGGCGAACACUGCAAACGUGGCUGUGUUGAUAAGAGCCGACCCGAUUGCUUUGCUGUGGGUAAGUACUGGCGCGAUGAGAAUACUUGCGURGAAAUAGAUGAAUGUCCAUGCAUGGACAAAUCGGAGAAAUACGUGCAGCCGCAUAUGCCUGUGACCGGUGAGACCGAAGUUUGUCAAUGUAUUGAUAAUGCAUACACUUGCGUACCAAAUGAAGUGCCGGAAUUGCCAUAUAUGGUCACAACUCCCGCCGUUGACGAGCAUGAGCCAGACGCCUUGCCAACCACAAUCGUACCACAUCUGAAGUGCGAGCCAGAACGCUUGAUACCGCUGAUACAGGGCGAUGCACCAUUGCCGGAUAGCGUCUUCAAUGCGAGCUCUACACUCAAUGCUUAUAAUGCGCCCUUCAUGGCCCGUCUUCCUGCAAACCCCCAGAACAGUGUGGGCAGUUGGUCGCCCGGUAUCGAUGAUCAGAUGCAAUAUCUACAGGUCACUUUUCCGGAACCGGAACCCAUCUUUGGUGUGGUUAUGGCUGGAAGUCCAGAUUUUGAUAAAUAUGUUACGCUAUUCAAGAUACUUUACAGUCCUGAUGGAGAAUCUUAUCACUUUUUGGUGGAAGAGAAUGACAUACCACAAAAGUUUAACGGUCCACUCGAUUCACGUAAGCCACAUAAAACACUCUUCCACACACCUGUCGAAGCGAAAUCUGUACGUAUCUAUCCCAUGAAAUGGUAUCGCCAUAUUGCCAUGCGUGUGGAGUUGUUGGGCUGCGGUGAACCGCUCACAACAACGACGCCAGUUAACACGCCAGAGCCAAAGUUUGAGAAACUCAUACAAACCACGACAACUAGACCGGUUAAUUGGCAAGAUGAAGGCAAGUGCGUGGAUCGCAUGGGUGUGGACAAUGGUAAAAUGCAUUCCUCACAAGUGAAGUCUAGCAGCAUUUGGUCAUUGCCACAGCCGGCAAAGAAGCCACGUCUUAUAGAUCUACUGAAGCUUUCCUCACCAGUUGGUUGGCGUCCCGUGGCUAAUACACCAAAUGAAUAUGUGGAAUUCGACUUCUUGGCRCCACGCAACAUCUCCGGUUUUAUCACCAAAGGCGGUCCAGCUGGCUGGGUUACUAGCUUUAAGGUUAUGUUCUCGAAGAAUAAAUUGAUUUGGAAUAAGCUGUUAUUCUUUGAUGGCCAACCCGAACAGUUCCGUGGCAACUAUGACGAAAAUAGUGAGGUACUAAACACGUUCCGUUCACCCAUAUUGACGCAGUACUUCAAGAUUGUGCCAUCGAAGUGGGAGGAGAAUAUAAAUAUGCGCAUAGAACCAGUAGGCUGCUUCGAAACCUAUUUGGAAGUUAAGGAAGAACAGCCCGAGGCCGAUAAGCCGCCACCAAAAUGUCAAGUUUGUGAUGGCAUUCUAGAUACAACAGCUAAGAGUGGAGAGUGUAAAUGCGCAAACGGUUUAUUCUGGGACGGACAAAACUGUGUACAGAGUAAUCUGUGUCCAUGUGUCGAUGAAUAUAGCACUUAUCCCAUCGGUUCUAAGUAUGAGAAUAAGCAAUGCGAAGAAUGUGUUUGCGUCUUGGGCGGUCACUCCAAUUGUAAGCCCAAGAAGUGCCCACCAUGCGUCGAAACCAACUUGCGUUCUUUAGUGACACCGGAUUGCUUCUGCAAAUGUGAGCCCUGUCCGAAAUAUCAACGUAUUUGUCCCUCAAGUGGCGACUGCAUACCGGAAUUAUUAUGGUGUAACGGCGUGCAAGAUUGUGCUGAUGAUGAAGACGAGUCAUGCAAGAAGACAAUAGUGGUGACGCCUCAACCAAUUAUAAGCGCGAAUGAAACCACUAUUAUCAAAUGUCCCGAGCCGGAGUGUCCACCUGAUAUGARGAUUAAACUUACGGAGAAGAAGCAACGUAAAAUGUCGCAGAUGUUCGCCAGAGCUUACACCGAUAUGGAAGAAUUCGGCAAUAUGAUCAAAAUUACUAAGACUAAAGUCUUGGUAAGUGAAAGUGAAGAAUUCCUACUGCUGCCCAAGGAAGAAGUGAGCGGUGUCGAGGAAGAAGAGUGUGCGGAAUUCACUUGUGUACCGAUACCUAAAAAGGAGGUACUGAAGAAUGAGACUAUCACCUGUGUCGAACCUAAAUGUCCAGAAAACUAUGAAAUCGAAUUGGAUAUGUCUAAUGCCAAACCGGGACAAUGCCGCAGGUAUGCGUGCGUACUGAAGCCGACYAAAGAUGAUACGUGCGAGAUUAGUGGUAAAUUUUUCACUACAUUCGAUGGCACUGAGUUCAAGUACGACACUUGCAGUCAUAUCUUGGCGCGUGACAUCAAAAACUCGAACUGGGUGAUAACUGUACAACUACUCUGCGAAGAUGAGACACGUCGGGUUUGUCACAAAUCGAUCACCAUUAAAGACAUCGAAUCGGCGGCCAUACUGACGAUCAUGCCGAAUAUGAAGCUAAAUUUCAAUGGUUUCGAGUACACCGUGCCGCAGCUAAUGAACUCACCUAUCUGCAAGGCGGCCUUUGUCAUCUCGCAGCCGGGCCAAACRGUACUGGUCGUGUCGCGCAAACAUGGCUAUUGGGUGCUUUAUGAUGACAUCGGUUACGUUAAGAUCGGCAUAUCUUCUAAGUAUCUACGCACCGUUGACGGCCUUUGCGGCUACUAUGACGGCAUUGCGGGCAACGAUAAACGCACGCCGGAUGGCACUUUGAUACAGAACACGGGCAAGUUCGGCGACAGCUGGUUCGACAAGAAGAUACCGAAGGAGAUGUGCUACCCACAAACGUGUCCAUUCGAGUUGCAAAAGAAGGCGUUGGCAUUGUGCAAUGCGAUUAAGCAUCCGGUGUUCGUUAAGUGCAACAAGGCGGUCAACUACAAACAGUUCGUCAGCAAAUGCAUGGAGAGCACUUGUGAGUGCCUGCGGGCACAUCCGGGCGAGGACAACACUUGCAAAUGCAAUGCAUUACAGGACUUUGUUGCCAAGUGUUUGACAAUCAAUCCCAAUAUACAAUUGAAUUUGUGGCGUGCGGUGCAGCAAUGCGAACUUGAGUGCCCUGCGCCACUUAUACACUCCGAUUGCUACAAGCGUCGCUGUGAGCCAUCCUGCGACUCGCUAAACACCGACGACUGUCCGAUUAUACCCGAYGCCUGUUUCCCCGGCUGUUACUGUCCCGCGGGCACAGUGCGCCAGGGUAAAAAGUGUAUAACGGUUGCUGAAUGCAAAGAUUGCGUGUGCAACUCCUUCGGCAAAUCACAGUUCUUCACUUAUGAUAAGCGCGACUUCCACUUCAACGGCAACUGUACAUAUUUGCUCUCACGCGAUAUAGUCUUACCGGGUCAAUACAGCUUCCAGCUUUACGUAACAAUGGAUUACUGCAAGCGUCUGGGUUAUGUUUCGAAUUCCACGGAUGAGUCAUGCAUUAAAUCCUUCCAUGCUUUCAAUGGGGAUCAUCUCAUACAUAUUGAACGCCCGCGUGUCGGUAAGGUGCCUCGUAUACUGGUAGAUGGUGCUGAGAAAAAUGUGCCGUUCAAAAAUUCUUGGGUCAACAUACGUGAAGUUAACGGUAAAGAGCUUUUCCUCUCGCUACUGGAAAGUCAUGUAGAUCUACGUGUCUCMUACGAUGAUAUGGUCUAUACAUUUUCGGUGCCCAGCAUCAAGUAUAGCGGCAAGAUGGAGGGUCUUUGCGGCGAUUGCGAUCAUAAUCCCAAAAACGAUCUACUAGARAAUCCAGCCAAAAAGAAGGGACGUACACCCAGCAAGGAAUUGGCAGUCGUGCUGCAAAGCUGGAAGGCCGACGAACCGAAGUUGGGUAAUGAGCUACAAAUUUGCGCCAGUGAAACUAUAACUGAAGACGAGUGUGUUCCACCACCACCGGAGAAAGAUGUCUGUCUGAUGUUUUAUAAUCAGGAGCUCUUCGGAAAGUGCAACAUGAUCAUUGAUCCUGGCAAGUUUGUUGCAUUGUGCCAAAAAGAAUUAUGUAAGCCCGGMAAUCAUCAGCAAAGUACUUGUAACUUGAUGGCCGCUUAUGCGCGCCAGUGUGCACAGAAGGGCAUCUGCUUGUAUUGGCGUCAUCCCGACAUGUGUCCCUUCGAUUGCCCUAGCGAUAUGGUAUAUGAAUCAUGUGGUUGCGCUAAGACCUGCGAUACGAUCAAGGCACAGCACACAUUCGAUGCGGUCAAUAUGAAGACCAACACGUUUGUUAAGACCGUGGAAUCAAAUGAUAUGUGCCUGGCAGAGGAACGUUUCGAAGGUUGUUUCUGUCCACCCGGUAAAGUUAUGGAAUAUGGGGAAUGUGUGCCGGAAGAGUCGUGUGUGAAAUGYGACGAUUUGGUGCAUGCGCCAGGUGAUAAGUGGAAGAAGGACAAGUGCACAGAUUGUAAUUGCAAUAUGGAAGGAAAGGUCGAGUGCGUGGAACAGAAGUGUCUGAUAGAAGAGAAUAUCUGUGCGGAAGGUUUUAUACCGAAGAAGAUCGAAUCUGCUGACAUGUGUUGCCCACGUUACAGAUGUGUGCCCGAACAAAAGCUACCGCCACCAAUUGCAUGUCUCGAACCCUUAAUGCCUAUAUGUGGUCCUGGACAGUUUAAGAAGCAGAAAACCGGACCAGAUGGUUGUCCGCAGUUCAUUUGCGAGUGCAAGCCGAAAGAGGAAUGCGAGCCCUUGGAAUUACCACGCGCACUCAAACCUGGUGAGAAGGUGGUUACGGAAGAACUCGGCUGUUGUCCGACACAAGAGAUCGUCUGCGACGUCAGCACCUGUCCACCUGCAUUGAAAGAAUGCGCCGAGCGCUUCUACGAAGUUGUUAGAAAGCAAGAACUGGUUGACUGUUGUCCACACUACGUUUGUGAACCACCGAAGGAUAUGUGUAUAGUACAAAAUGGGUUGGGAGAGAACUUCAUUAAACCGCUGAACGCAAAAUGGCCGCAUCCCACGGAUCCUUGUAAGCAGGAGACGUGCGCUUAUGGUCCGAAUGGCAGCACAUUAGUCAUAACAACGACAGAGACUUGUGACACCUACUGUCCGUCUGGCUUUAAAUAUGAGAAUAAGGUGMCUGAACUGAAGUGUUGUGGGGAGUGCGUGCAAGAGAAAUGUGUGCUGGGUAACGAACUGUACGAAGAGGGCGCUACUUGGACGAGCGCUGACAAUUGCACAACAUACAAUUGUCUGCGUAAAGGAGAGGUUUUGAUAGUCUCAUCAUCACAGGAGACUUGCCCAGAUGUGACCGCGUGUCCAGAGCACUUGUUGGUGCCCUCCGAAAGUGGUUGCUGCGAGGUAUGCAAGCCGGAGCUGAUUGUGGAUAACCAAAAGAACUGCUUACCGGUUUCAUUGGCUGAACCACUGACUCUGGAGUUAAUUGAAGUUGUACAGCCAGGUAUGGGUAAAUGUAAAAAUAAAGAGGCCAUACAAGGCUUCACAGAUUGUGAUGGUGCUUGCAACUCGGGUUCGAAAUAUAACAAAGUUUCAGGCAUACACGAGAAGCAGUGGACGUACCAUCCAGCUGUGGCUGCAGCCYUUGCGCAGAGACUACUGACUAUCAGAUUGGUGAUAAAAUUGAUGUACGCUUGCAGCCGCUACCUCGUUUACUGUCUGGAAAAUUCACAUAAGCGCUGAACAAACUCACUUUGAUUUAAGAAAUGCGUUCUAUGUCUAAUUUUAAGACUUGUUACGAAGAAGAAGAGAAAAUAAAAUUUAUAAACGGAAAAUAUUAGAAAUUAA